GAGAGCUGUACCGUUGUAUUCCGUUUUGUCAUUUCUAACAGAUCCUAUCGACUCGAGUCCGCUGCUUUGAUUCGCGUCCUUGGUACGCAUCGCUACGUCAUAGACGCUCUUAUUCUCCUCCUUCAGCGCCGCUCUUUUCUUCAUCUUAAACUUCUUCGUUUCCAUUUUCCACCUUUCACCGCCGUGCAACCAUGUUUCUCGAGAUUCUUGUCGACCCGAUGGUGAUCUUCUGCGUGUCGUGCAUCCUGACUCCCCUCGUCAUGGUGCGCGACACCCUCACGCCGGAGAUGGUGACGGCGUACUUCUCAGAGCCGAGCAUGGCCGCCUCGCUCGCCGCUGUGCCCCUUGCGUGGAUCAUCGGUGCAAUGUGGCGCUCGCAGGUGCGCAAGUCGGUGCAGAAGCGCAAGGCCUAUCAGGAGGAACACAUAAACCAGAUGGAGCCCUACGAAAUGGUGAACUACGACGCGAUGGUGGCCCCGCUCACGUACGGGGAGCGCACGCGUGCGCGAUGGUACCUGCUGAACGGCAUUAUUAUUCACAUUUUCAUGGAUGGCUGCAUCGGUGUGUUCAAAACGAAUAAAAUGAUGGCAGACAACUACGCGAAGCUCGACAAGCGCUACGGCGACCCCCUCGGCGACUUCAACGGCUCGGCGGUCCAUGUGGUGUCGCUGAUGGAGCUUUUUGUGAAAGGUCCGCUGUGUGUGGUGCUGUACUGGGCCUUCAAAGUACGCCACCCGAUGCGCGAUGCGCUGGAGUUCUUUACGUGCGUGACGCAGGUGUAUGGCACGAUUGUCUACCUGGGGCAGGAGGCGAUCAGUGGCGCGCCGAACCUGGAUGUGGACUACGAGCUGAGCUUCUCGCCGCACUACCUCUUCUACUUCUGGUUCGCCGUCAUCUUUGGCUGCGUGCUUUACCUGAUUGUACCGGCGGUGCUGGGCUACCGCAGCUACGUGCGGCUGUGCCACCAAGCAACCUUCUACCUGCGUCAUCAUUACAACGGCGUGAAUCGCCACGGUCGUCGCAGCCACGUCGUCCCGCACUGA